GUAAAGCAUUUCCCGCUGCUAAGAAUUUAGUGAGGCCAGCAGACUCUGCAAUUGGAGUUGGCCACAUCUCAACAACUAAAGGCAUGCAGGGAGCAGCUUCUUACAAGAGAAGCGGAAAUCGCGGAGCUGAAAGCCGAAAGGAACAACACCAGGCUGCUGCUGGAACACCUGGAGAUCCUGGUUUCCCAGUAUGUGCCGUCCCUCGGGAUGACGGCGGGCCCGCAGCAGGCGCAGUCCCCAGCCAGCAUGACCAGCGAGGUGGAGCUGCUCAGGGCGCUGAGAUUGCUCUUUGAGCACCACAAGGCCCUGGACGAGAAGUUGAGAGAGCAACUGCAACAUGCUCUCGAAAGGUGUAGUUCCUUAGAAGAGGAAUUAAGGACCGCACACAAACAGGUGCAGAGCCAGAGGGAGCAGGACUGGGAGUCCGCGCAGCAGGCCCGCGUGGUGGACACCGUUGCCCAGGCCUUCGAGAGUGACGAGGAUGUGUCUGACGGCGAGGGCGACGGGGUCACCCUCCUCAGCUCGGCCGAUCAGCUGCCGCCCAGUGUGCAGGCCGAUGCCGACACUCUGCCUGUGAUGAUUCAGGAGCUGCUGGACGCCAUUAACGAAGACAUCCGGUGGAUCUUAGAGGAGAAGAAGAUUUCGGAGCAGCGGGCCGAGGAGACUGAGAGCAGGGCGGGCGGGGCGCGCUUAGGCAGCCUUCGGCGAUUUAAGUCCCUGAGCUCCCUCAGCCUGUGUCCUGCCUCCUCACUUGCCGGCUCCUGCCCGCCCAGCAGGGGGCGCUCCCCACCCCGAGGGAGGUGGCAAAGCCUGACGCGCGAGGGAGAUCGGCUGGGCGUGAUGACUCCGGUGCAGAGCCAAAGGGAGCAGGACUGGGAGUCCACGCAGCCGGCCCGCGUGGUGGACACCGUGGCCCAGGCCUUCGAGAGUGACGAGGAUGUGUCUGACGGCGAGGGCGACGGGGUCACCCUCCUCAGCUCGGCCGGUCAGCUGCUGCCCAGUGUGCAGGCCGAUGCCGACACUCUGCCUGUGAUGUAUCAGGAGCCGCUGGACGCCAUCAGUGAAGAGAUCCGGUGGAUCCAGGAGGAGAAGGAGAGCACGGAGCAGCGGGCCGAGGAGCCUGAGAGCAGGGCGCGCUGGGCGUGCUUAGGCAGCCUUUGGUGUUUUAAGUCCCUGAGCUCCAUCAACCUGUGUCCUGCCUCCUCACUUGCCGGCUCCUGCCCGCCCAGCAGGGGGCGCUCCCCGCCCCGAAGGAGGCGGCACAGCCAGGAGCUCCAGGGAGACCGGCUGGGCGUCAUGACUCUGCUGCCAGCUUUAAUGGAAGAGGUAGAAGACGACGAGACCACCAUCAAAGGUGAAACCUCGAGCCCUGCCUCGCCACGGUCCCUUCGGCUGGACCGGCUGCACACGGGGGCGCUGCGCACUGCCGGCCCCGAGGACGUCAGGGACACCCGCAACUCGACCGGCUCUCAGGACGGCCCCAGGGGCAACCCCAGCAGCAACACCAUCAGCCAGGACUCGCUGCAGAAAGCCGCGAAGAAGAAGGGCAUCAUGUCCUGCAUCGGCCGCUUGUUUGGCAAGAAGUAAAAGGGCCGGCCUGGACUCCCGGCAGGGAGGCCUUAGGACCAGGCAGACCUUUACAGCUCGCGCCACCUGGAAAGGCCCCGUGAACGCUGAUGCAGAAAAGAAGGGCUGCUCCUAAGUUAAACUGGAAGAGCAGCAAGCACAGGUUGUAACGAGGAAACCACACGAUGAGCGACAACAGUGCGGACAGAAACAAGCAGGGACGCCUUCACCCACAUAAAGAAAACAAGUGUGCCGUUCGGAAGAGGAGCCCGUCAGCCCUUGGAGGGACAGUUGGAACCAGAAUGAAAACCGAGGCCAUGGUCAGCAGUGCCCACGCACACGGCCUGAGUGGCGUGGUGUCACUCACCGGGCUUCCUGCGUCCCCAGAGCUGCUGCCGGCGGUAACAUCUCAGAGUGCUAGGCCGGCAGCGUCCCCGAGUGAGCUGAGGCAUCGCUGCUGUCCUUGCAGUGCUGCUGCGGGGCCCUCUGUGGGCGGCCACCCUCGUCCCCUGCCCCGCCGCCCACUGGGGCCUGCCUGUCCCCCUGGGAUCCUUUCAGCCCCUGAGCGUGGGUGGUCCCAGGCCUCUGCCUAGCCGGACUGGGACGCAACUCAGGACUUGGGCUUGAGAUAUCAAGGAGACCAUGAAUCUGGAAGGACACUGCCCUGGGGCCCGUGAGAGAGCAGGAGAGCAGAGCCCCCACGGGGAGAAGCAGAGCUGGGGAGCGUGCCCACAGCACCGCUGCCUCCUGCGCAAGUGCCCCCUCUCCUCUCCUUGACCUGAAACAGACCCCAGCUGCUGCUGCUCCGCAGAUGAUUCCUACAGAUGCACCUCCUGCAAGAGCUGUUGUCCUGCUGCUCGGGGGCUGCCUGAGUGUGCUCAGGAGCAUCAGACAAGUGGGGCUGCCAUGCCUGAUUCUGGGGGAGGGCCUGACGCUGGGGGAGGGUCUGAUGCCGGACUAGGGCCGGAUGUUGAGUGGGUACGUCUGAUGCUGGGGAGAACGUCUUGUGCUAGACUAGGGUCAGAAGCUCGGGGAGAGCCUGCUGCUGGCCGAGUGUCUGAUGCUGGACUAGGGCCUCAUGCUGGGGGCGGGCACUUCUGAUGCUGGACUAGGGUCUGAGGCUGGGGGAAUGUCUGAUGCUAGACUAGGGUCUGAGGCUGGGGAAAUGUCUGAUGCUAGACUAGGGUCUGAUGCUGGGGGACGGCCUGUUUCUGGGCGACUGUCUGAUGUUGCACUAUGGUCUGAUGCUGG